AUGAACUAUGCGGCCACAAGGCAACAUUUCAUUCAGCCGAUGAAGAAUGAUACUGUGUCGAUUAAUAUGGCGCUUAGACGGUUUAGGAUAGUAAUUUUAUCCAGCAUCCUGGUUGUGGUUUGUGGCUCCUUUGGAUACGGUGGUAGCAGUGGCUACGGUGGCAACAGUGGCAAAGGCGGUUACUACAGUGGAUACGGUGGCAAGGGCAGCUACAGCGGAUAUGGUGGUAAUGUUGGCUACAAGGGAUACGGCGGUAAAGGUGGCAACGGAAAAGGUACUCAGAUCACUUACAAUUCACAGACAAUAUUACCAUCGUCUGGUGCUUCUCUUCCUGACUUCACACUUCAGGGACGGGAUACGGACUCCCCUUAUGGCUCCGGAAUAGGGCUUCUUGCAGCUAUAGGAGCGUUCGCAUUUCUCUUUGCUUUAACGAGGAAUUAA